AUGUCGUCGUGGCCGAACAACAACGAGACGUCGGACGACGAUGAUGAGUCCAUGAGCGAGUUCAGCAGCAUGCAGAUGGAGUACUUUCAAACUCCUGACACUGUGAUAGACCCUAAUUUCUGUGGGCUUGUGACUGAAUCUGACAGAAGGUGCAUCCUGCACAGGCAGAGGCCGGGCAAGUUUGAGGCAUUUGAAGGCACUGACACUGGCAGGAGAUUCAUAGGAUGUGCUACUGAGUAUGAAAACAUUGGUAGAUGCCCCUGGCCUGCAAUUCUGCAAAGGUGCUUAAGCAAGCUCUGGGAUAUGUAUCAUGAGCAGAACCUUGGUAGAGCCCGGGAUAAUGAGGCUCAUGGGAUAGAGGUUGCAAAACUGCAGAAGGAGCUUGAUUCUCUGGCCAAUCAAUAUAGCCAGCUGGUGGAUGAUGUGUCCAAGUUGUUUGAUUAUCAGGAUGGAAUCAAAUCUCAUGACAUGGAUUGCACAAGCCAGGCAAUCAAUGAACUGAAGGAGAAGAAGAAGAAACUUGAGGAGCAGGCAAAGAUUGAGCUUCAAAUGGAGAAGCUUAAGCUCAAGAAAGAACAAAGGUGCAUCCUUCAGAGUCAAGCUGAUAUAAUCCAAAACACAAGGAAGGCCAUGAAGGAGCUACAGGUGGAGAAAGACCUCCUUAAAGAAGAGAAGAAGAAGCUGGAGAAUGUCAUUGCUGAGCUCCUGAAGGUUGGUCAUGGGUGCAAGGAAAAGCUGGACAAGAUAAAGGAAGUUGUGAUGGAGGAGUGA